GACGAUUCUUAUUUUUUGCUAAGGCUUUUACUAUAUUAUUUAGAGAUCACGCAUAAACAUCCAUUCCAUAGUGUUCGUAAUUACUACUACCUAGUGGGGUUCAAUACAACUGUUCAUUGCAUGCACUGAUUUAUUCUGGAAAUUCCAUUGUCUACUGACCGCUAUUCCGUACCUUUUCUUCUUAUUUCCUUAAAUAUUUACAAAACUUCACAGCACCCCAACAGAAUACAUAAUUACACCCAACAAUGACACACAGCACUCUUCAAACAUGAUGAAUAGAAAAUAAAUCUAUAAAAAUUAAACACCACAAUCGAACACUCAAUAACAUUCCGCUCAUACAAAACGGGGUCACAAUUCAGAAAACUCAGAAAAUAAUAAUAAUAAAUCACAAUACACAGCACACAACACCUCUUCCUCAUUGUAGUGCAUUAUUCAUUCUCAAAUCCACGAAAAAUAAAAAUAUCCAACACUGACACAUCACAUCACCCACCGCAUUGUAGUGUAACAAGCUGAUUCCCAUUAAUAUGCACUGAGGUGCCUAAGAAUGCAUAGUCUGGGCUAACGCUAAUGUAACUAAUAGAGGAAGCACAAAGUGUCAAGUUCGUUACUAUCUGUCUGCCUGUCUGCCCUUAGAAACAAAAUUAGAUGAAAUUUGUGUGUAAAUAAUGUGAAAACUUGAAAAAUACAUGUUUGAUACAGAUGGCAUACGUCAAGUCUUCAAAGCUGGCCGCUAUUGGCCUCUACAACAACUGCUGCUCAUGUCCUUCCGUACACAGUGGCACCAUUCGUCUUUCAGCCCCGGAUUGCCUCUGCCAACUACUUCCACGGUGGCCUGUUGCCGUACACUUUCGCACCAUACCAUCAACCAGCCUACCAGAUACUCCGCAGUGACACGCCUGUCUAUAAGUAUAAACCCCAAAGCCGGAAACGGAAGAAUAACGCAGAACCAACCGCCGAAGCGCCAAAACAGAUAUCACUUCUCGCUGUUCCAGAGAAGCUUAUCAAUCAGCCCAGUACCACCACGACCGAAAAAUCCAUUGUUGAUUUCCAUAUGGUCAAAGCGGUGCAGAAACCCAAUGCGAAGUUUGUUGUCGAGGAAAUCGUCCCAGUGCCUGGACGACGCAUUUUUGGAGGCAUAAGUUACGAACCACUUCAGCAGAAGAAGGCUGCUGAGCAAAAAAGUUCCAUAGUUUCAAGGAUAUCUCAGAAAGAUGAGUCGCGAUUCGAGCAAGUAAAUAAACCUGUGGGGGAGAAGCUGAAAGCCGCCGACGGAACAGAUGUAGUCGUCACUGCAACAGGACACACCUCCGCUGGGAAACCAAUCUCAGAUAUACCGAUCGGAACUUUUUUCACCCCUUACCAGGGUGCUUUACAAACGAGUUCUAAAAAGUUAACAACUUUGAUUUUGGAACCAUCAGCCCGUGCAAUCGCUGGCAAUGGAGGAACAGCUGUCUCCGCUCCAGUGUCACGAGCUAUCCUGAAAAAAGGAAACCCAACACAAGUCCUCUUUCGUCCGCAAUCUGUCGCGAUUGCGGGUGUUGGCGGUAGAGCCCAUGCAGCUGCUGAUUUGAUUAUUGACUACGUCGAAUAAGGUCCUGAAUAUGCGUUGAGUGUGUGAAGAAAAACUACUGUAAGAUCUUUUGUACAGUCUUACUUGUCCUUUUGUAUUGAGGCUGAUUCUGUAUAUAUGAAAACUAUAUGUAAAUACAUUUUAAAAAUUAA